UUUCUUUUUCUAUGUGCACAGGUUAAACAGAUUGAGAAGAGGGACUCUGUACUUACUCCAAAGCAGCAAAUUGAGAGGCUGACCAGGCCUGGAUCCUCCUAUUUCAAUUUGAAUCCCUUUGAGGUGCUGCAGAUCGACCCAGAGGCUACUGAUGAAGAACUAAAGAAAAGAUUCCGUCAGUUAUCGAUCCUGGUUCAUCCAGAUAAAAAUCAGGAUGAUCCAGACAGAGCCCAGAAAGCAUUUGAAGCGGUGGACAAGGCAUACAAGCUGUUGCUGGAGGGUGAACAGAAGAAGCGGGCACUUGAUGUCAUUCAGGCUGGCUAUGAAUAUGUUGAACAUAAUGUUAAAGAGAGGAAGAAGCAAUUGAAAAAAGAUGGGAAACCAUUACUGGUUGAGGAAGAUGACCCUGAAGUUUUUAAACAGGCUGUAUAUAAACAAACCAUGAAGCUGUUUGCAGAACUGGAAAUUAAGAGGAAAGAGAGAGAAACAAAGGAAAUGCAUGAAAGGAAAAGACAAAGGGAAGAAGAAAUAGAAGCUGAAGAAAAAGCCAAACGUGACAGAGAAUGGCAGAAAAACUUUGAGGAAAGUCGAGAUGGGCGUGUUGACAGUUGGAGAAAUUUUCAGGCACACUCAAAGUCCAAAAAAAAGGAAAAAAAGGCACGGACAUUUUUAAAGCCCCCCAAAGUGAAGAUGGAACAGAGAGAGUGA